AGGGACACUGGUGAGCUGAUAUUUGUUUAUAAAGAAAUUAUUAAUUUUCUCGAUCAGAAACUUCCUAGUAUUGAGCUAAAAAUGAUCAUAAGUAAAAGACAUAACAUACAUUACUCUAGUCCAUAGUCAGCAUAACGUGCUGUAGUUUCAAAUGGCGUGUACAUCUUCUUCAUCUUCUGUGCUGAAUAUUACUCAUCACAAGUAUGAUGUGUUUCUGAGCUUCAGAGGAGAAGAUACUCGUCAUGCUUUUACUGAUCAUCUAUACGAUGCAUUUUUGCGAGCAGGACUUCGCACUUUCAGAGACAAUGAUGCAAUAGACAGAGGUCAACCACUUGAGCCAGAAAUCAAGAAAGCAAUACUCGAAUCUAGAUCUUCUAUCAUUGUGCUGUCGGAAAACUAUGCGAAUUCGAGAUGGUGUCUUGAGGAGCUUGUGUUGAUCCUUGAGCAAAGAAGGAACUCCAAUCAUUUCGUUUUGCCAGUGUUUUAUCAUGUGAUUCCUUCACAUGUCAGGAAACAAAGUCACAGUUUUGCCAUAGAAUAUGAGCACAGAGAUAUGAAUGAUGUGAACUGCUGGAAGUCGGCUCUAAGAGAAGUUGCGAAUCUGACUGGCAUGACUGUUUCGGGGUCCGAAACAAAGCUUAUCCAAGAUAUUAUCCGUACAGUUCACGAUAAGCUAGAUUUGAAACAACUAAGUACCCCAGCCCAUUUAACUGGAAUGGAAACUCGAGCUAAACAUAUCAAUUUCUGGUUGAGAACUGACCGACCUAGUGCUGAAGCUCUAGCGAUUUGUGGCAUGGGAGGCAUCGGUAAAACAACGCUGGCCCAAUACAUUUAUAACUCUAACAAGCUGAACUUUGAAAGCAGCAGUUUCCUUAUGGAAAUCGGGAAGCACAACAAACAACCUAAUGGUUUACUUGGGCUACAGAAACAACUGCUUGCAGACAUUUCAGGGCUCAAAAAUGAUACAAGUUUUAGUCGUCCUGAGCUCACAAGAAAGAUUGAGGAUGCCAUGCAAGUGAAGAAGGUACUUAUUGUUCUUGAUGACAUUGAUGACAAAGACCAAAUAGGGGCUCUAGUUGGAACAAAGACUUUGCAUACAAAAAUCAAGAUCAUAAUAACUACUAGAAGUCUCGAUAUACGAACAUGGUUUGGAUCCAUAUCCUGCAAGUGCAAGGUGUACAAACUUAAGUUGCUAAAUGAUCAUGAAUCAUUAGAGCUUUUAAGUUUUCAUGCCUUUGGAUCCACAGUUCCUUUGGAAGAAUUCAAGGAUCUUGCAGUGCAGUUAGCACAGUAUUGUGCAGGAAACCCACUAGCUCUCAAAGUACUCGGUUCUUCUUUGACUGUUAGUGCUGGAGAUGUGGAAAGAUCAAGAAACCACUGGAUAAGUAGAAUAAGGUUUAUAAAAUCAUCUAAGGGAGAUCUUCAUAACAACAUUUUAGGUAUACUAAAAACGAGCUAUGACUCCUUGCCACAUUUCAGAGACAGGGAACUGUUCCUGCAUAUUGCUUUUUUCUUUGUUGGCGAAUAUGAGGAUGAUGUGGUACAAAUUCUGGAACAUGACUGGCAUGCACGGGCUGGGAUCAAUGUACUCAAUGACAGAUGCCUUCUAACCAUCUCACCUAGUAAGAAACUGAUGAUGCAUCAACUGCUUCAAGAGAUGGGCAGAACGAUCGUAAAAGAAGAGUCAAAAGAUCCAGCAAAACGUAGUAGAGUCUGUCAAGACGAUUCUUAUCACGUGUUGGUUAAAGGAGAGGGUUCCCAAACAAUUGAAGGUCUAGCACUUGACAUGCGAAACAUUGAUCAAGGGAUGGCAUCAGAGGCCCUUCAAACAGAUUCGUUUGCAAACAUGGACAAGCUAAAGUUCCUCCAACUCAAAUAUGUGGAACUCACCGGAUCCUACAAGAGUUUUCCAGAAUUGACUUGGUUGUGCUGGCACGCAUGUCAUUUGAAAACGAUACCUUCUGACUUAUUGAUGGGUAGCUUGGUGGCCAUCGAUUUGAGUUAUGGAAAGUUAGAAGAGUUUGAAAUACCAGAGGUUCUUAAUUCGCUCAAGACUCUUAAUUUUAGAAACUGUUUGUAUCUUGCCAGUAUCCGCAAUCUCAAUCGUGUGCCAAAUCUGGAGACUUUGAUCCUCUGGGAUUGUACCAGUCUAACUCAUAUUAGUAAAACCAUUGCAGGCCUUGAGCGUCUUGCUUUAUUGGACUUGACAGGGUGUAAGAAUCUGUUGAAGGUUACAGAGCAACAGUCGUUUAUCUUACCACACUCUUUACAGUUUUUGUUUCUCAAUAACGUUGACCUAGAGAAACUUAAUAAUUUUCAUGUGGUUUUUAGUGGCCAACCAUUCUUCUACAUAAAUUUAGGCAAUAAUCUAUUUAACUUCCUGCCCAACAACAUUGAUCUUAAGAUGCUCCGGGUACUCAACUUGACGUCUUGUCGCUGUCUCAAGUCCCUUUUAUAUCUUCCAAGAACUCUAGAAGAGUUGUAUACACAUUCUUGUGAAUCACUUAAAAAAAUAACAUUCCAAUCAGCACAUUUCAAACUGCGGGAAUUUGGAUAUAGUCGCUGUAUUGAGCUUUGUGAAAUUCAAGGACUGUUCAAAUUAGUUUUUAUAAAAAAUAUUGGUGAAGCAGAGCUCGGACAUAUGAAUUGGAUCAGGGCCUUUCAAGAUCAUACGGUAGAGCUGGUCGGUGAUGAGAUUAUCAAAGGUCGACAGGAACAUAUUCAGAUGUUGUACGAAUAUGGUAUAAUGAGCACAUAUCUAUGGCAAGAAGAAGAUGAAAUCAAUCAAAUCAUAAUGCCAGAGUAUACGUCAGCAUCCCCCUUCUUAUCCUUCCAAGUGCCUUUCUGUCCUAAGAUCCAAGGAUUAAAUGUGUAUUGUGGAUACUAUUCACUACUUGAGAAUGAAGAUCAAGAUGAGUGUGUUUUGUUUGCCAAAGUUAGCAACAUAAAUAAGGGUCUUACUUGGAUAUACAACCCUGUUGUCUUUUGCAAAGCCAGAACUGAUAGAGAUGCAUUGUGGUUGAGCUAUUGGCCAAUUGGAAACUUAUUAGAGCCUGGUGAUGAAGUACAAGUGUCUAUCGUUGUGGGGAAUAAUUUGAUCGUAAGCAGGUGCAGUGCCGGCCUUGUGUAUGUGGAUUGUGAAUUCACGGGAGAAAAAGAUUCAGAAAAAAUUGCAAAAGGAGAAGAAGUGAUUGGAGGAGAUCUAUCCCAAUUUGAGCUGACCAAAGGGGUGUACUAUCUUUGCCGGCGUGAUCUUCUCAAGUCAAUGAGCCCUGAUUGGUUAACAUUUUUAGUUGGUGGUACUGUUAAUUUUAAAAAAUUGCAAGGAUGGAAAAAAUGUCGCCAGUCACAUGACUUGGCUGUAUCAUUCACGGAGCUGAGUACAUUUAGAGGCAGAGGCACCCUCAACAAAGUGAAAAUUGUGCUGAGGGUGAUCUUCGGUACUGACAGUCAAAAAAAGAAGGUGUUGAGGGCAAUAUCUACUAUUUCAGGCGUUGAAUCGAUAGACUAUGAUGUGCAAAUUUGGAUACUGACUAUCAUCGGACAAAUGGAUCCUAUAGCAGUGGUUCUCCAAGUCAGGGAAUUAGGGAAUUUCGCAGAGUUACUAGUUGUUGAACCCUGCUAACAGCAUCCGGAGUGCAAUUACUCUACCCGCCAUGAUAUGCGCCAAAGAACUGUUGUUUUAUCGUGUAUUUCUUUUUUAGAAUUCGGGGUACUAGAUUUAAAGUUUAAACUGAAAUAAUUAUGUGGAUGAUGUUGAAUAGUUUACACCAUUAUUUAUUUAUUUAUUUUUAACAGCAAA